AUGUCAUUUGGUGGCGUGAAUACAUUUCAACAGUACUCUACAGACUUCGGAUUCGGUCAUAAUGGUGUGAAAUUAUCUUUCAACUACUUUGACGGGUUUCCUGAACCCUCACUUUUGAACUCUUUAGCAUCCAAUGAUUUGAAACUGAUCUUCAAAUCGCUUUUGAAAAGAGAUGAAACAACUAAAGAGAAAGCACUCAACGAUCUGCUGAAGCUGGUCGAAAAUUACACUAAAAAUGAAGGGCUGUUUGAUAGCGAUAUAUUUUUUCUUUGCUGGUCUCAGGUUUACCCAAAAUUGUUGGUCAGCGAAUCCAAGACCAUCAGAGUGAGCUCGCAUCUUGUAACAUCAAAGCUUGUGAAACUGCUUAAUAAGAAGGUUUCAAAGUUUUUGAGAGAUGUGAUGCCACUGCUUCUUUUAGGCACUUGCGAUACGGAUUCUUCAGUGAGCAAAGCUUGUAAUGCCUUUUUGAACGAUAUAUUUGAUUGUAAUACUAGCAAGGUUAACUCUCUGUGGUCCGUCUUUCAGGAGGACAUUCUUAAAAUCACAGAGGAACUGGUGGUAAAAGAGAACGAAGAGACGAUAUCUGAUGAGCGUUUUGUUGGUAAAGAAGACUCUCUCCUUAGGUUCAAUCGGUUGAUUACUAGCGCUAUGCAACUGCUUACGAACCUCAUCAGCUCUGAUAGCUUCGACAGUGUAAAACAUGAAGAAAUCACCCAUGAUGUUUUGAUUUCCGAAUGUUUAUGGCAGUUAUUGAGUCUAACAAAUACACACUUUUUGAAAAGUUACGAAGCUGCUCUCGUAUUGCAGAAAACUUUGUACAAGAAUAACCUCUUACAAAGGCACAAAGACGUGUUGAAGUUAUCGACGAAGAAAUUGCUGAAAUCUCUUUCUCAUGUUAACGCUAAGAAUUCUUUGAAGGUGGCACAUUUGGCUGGACCGAUUCUUGACAAUUUGACUAUGUUGGAUCAUUACCAGAAAGGGAAGAUAUGGACCUACGAUAAAUCUGCGAGGGACAGGUUUCUACAGUUUGUGGUUGCCGCAUCGAAAAACCCUGUUCCAGGAUUUUUCGACGCUUUGUACAAGUUCUACGAGGAAUCGUCAAGUCACGAAUUGCUCGAUGAGAAGAAACAGUGGCUUCCAUUAUGGCGAGGGUCCAAUGACACUCUCAGGGAAAAGCAGUUCCUUGGGAGACACGGUCCGGAACUGCUCGGCGAAUUUUGGGCUAAUUACAGAAAAUUUAUCAGUCACUGCAGUGUUCCAGAUGUUUCUGAGGUAGCGAAAGAAGACGUUCUAAAUAUUCUUCGCUCCGGCAAGCAACUUUCAAGAUUGCCUUCCUUGAAGGCGGCCUUGAUCGAUUUUCUGGAUCCAGAAAUUGUUGCUAAUCAAAUAAAGGCUGCCGUUAAUCAAGAUGAUAAAGAGGCAGGUCUACUAUUGAACAAUUUAAUGCUGUUGUUAUGCUCUGCGGCUAAUGGGGAGGCAGCAUUGCAUGAUGUUGCCAGCGCCAUGCUUGAGCUGAUGUCAAAGGAUCAAGAUGACUUUGGUCCAAAAAAGCAGAAAGUGCUUGAAGUCUACAGUUAUUUCGUGAACUCUGGUAUCAUUUCUGUUGCUGAUGAAGUAACUCAGUUUGUUUACGAAGUUCCAACCUGGAUCGACAAGAACACCUACAAGAGUCUGUCCAUUUUCAUAAGUGAUUACUCGAAGUCAGUAAUAGCUCACAAAGAUAAAAACUUUGCAACUGUGAUGGAAGAUUUUAUUACGGCAGCGUCAUCGGCUGAAGGUAUUGCGGAAUCGCGCAUCGUAAGAACUUUAAAUCUGUUGGAUAAUGGUGUCUCCCCAGCGGUGCUCUCUUCAACAAUCGUACAGGACUUUGUUCAGAACUACAUCAACUCAUAUGCCUACAAUGACUAUGGUGAGCUAUUUAAUGGUCGUCUGAUUGAUGAGCACAAUGUUGUUCAACUUUAUGAGAAAUCAGUUGAAGGCAAACAAACGGAAUUUUUCCUCCAUCAUCUUUCCAGCUUGAAUUAUCACGCUUUAGAAGCGCUGUUAACUGAGUCUGACUUUUUGUCAGGUAAUUUAUUUGAAGGAUCUCUUGAGCAGGCAGAGAGUAUCUAUCAAUUGAUAAAGCCUCUCCUUAAUAAUGGCCCAAUUGUAAAGAACUUGGCGAAUGCCAUUAUCUCAUAUGCCAAGACAAAACCCCGCCUUGUGGGUAACGACUUUGUGUUGAGAAUAGCAGAGGAACUCAUUACCUUACAAAGAGAUGGUCUGGAUAUUUUUGUACCGCCCGACCUAGAAUUGGUAUUUUUUGAUGCUGUUCCGUUCAUUGAUUAUAGACUUGCCCUCGUCAGCUCUUUGAAGCUUAAUACUCAUCUGUUUGAAUUGUCCUCAGAUGAACUAAACCUGUCUAAAGCAGAGCAGCUAAUCAGGUACGGUCUUUUCUUGGAUGCUUUAAUCAGUCGAGUUCCAGCGGGCCUGGACAACAAGCUCUCAGUUUUUCUCACAAUGGUAUGUGAUCUUGCCGAAGACUUCAACUGUCUUUCAGAAGAUCCUCAAGAGGAGAUUACUGAAUUUAAGAACACUCUUUUCAGGGGAAAAUUGGAAGGCUUCUCUUUCGAAGAUGUCACUGAUUUGGUAUGCCAGGUCAAUCCAAAUGAUGAACGUCCGCUCGACAUACUAUCCCAUCUCAUCGCUGAUUCAUCUUCAAUCACUGUGACCUAUUACCACCUCCGCAUUUUACAGAAAAUUUUGCAAAAUAAGAUAGAUUCCAUCACUUCAGCAUCUUUCAUCAGAAAAUUACCUUCCAUUGAGAGGUUCGUUAUCUCCACCAUCAGAAGUAAAGAUAAGAGCCAGCACAACUAUCUGUUGUGUGGGAUCAUUUUAUCUGCAGCAGAGAAAUUCACCGAUCUCGAGAUAUUUGGCAAGUUGAGAAACGUUUUAGCUUCUGAGUGCAUUGGAGUCAAAGAAAAUGAGCUACUUGAGAAGUCCUACAAAAACAUUAUCCUUCUAAGUAAUUUGUUACAAUCUCAGGGUUCGACCGAAUCACCACCUCCAAUUCCAUACCAAAGAUUAAACAUGAUGCUCAAUUCUUUAUCCCAAUGGCUAGAUAGCGACUUGGCAUAUGAAUCAGGGUUCACCCAGGUACGGUUGUCCCUACUUAAGCUGUGCGCUCUUUUGGCUCGGACACCCUCAAUCACGGAAGCUUCUAAGGGUUUUUAUGAGUUCAGUAUGGCUUUAUUGAGCGAUUCUUUGUCGAUGUGCCUGUUGGAUGAUACCUACUUCUUACUUGAGUUACGCUUGUACUGUCUGGUACUGCACGAAGAGCUUACCAAAAGUGUGUGGAAGCAGCAUCUCAAUACAGGUUCCGAUGAGAUGCUCAGUGGAUUGGUUGAACUGAGCUUGAUCAAUUUUGCGACAGAAAAGAACAACCAGAUAUCAGCAGUAUUCUAUCGUACUCUUUUCAGAGUCCUGAGCGGAUAUCAAGUCAAACAAGUUGUGAAAUUCUAUCCUGAUGUUUUAUCUGCUUUCCUAAGCAACGAGGGUUUUGCUAAUAUCAACAGGACAAGAAUGUUAUUCGCUGAACUCAAAAGGUUGGUGAUUGAGAGGCAGAAAGAUGCCUUUUUAGAACUUGAGUUUGAGAAGCAGAAAAAGCAGAAAAAGGAAACAGAGCAUCAGAGCGACGAAGGUGCCGGGGAAGACUUACCUGUGAACGACAAAUUUGAGCUUCCUCCAGGUCUGAUCGAAAAAAUGUGCGUCGAAAUUCCUGAGGAUUAUUUAGAAUGUGAAGAUGAAUAUGGCUUCCUCAAGUAUUUAUGGUUCUGGGACCUAGCCUUCUGUUUUUUCAAUGACGCUUCCUAUGAUUUGCGUCAAAAGUUCAUUGAUCAAUUGAGAAGUAGGAACUUGAUAACGAUCUUUUUCGAUUUUGUCUCCGAUCAAAUCGAUUUGCAAGACACGAGGUUUUGGUCAGAAGCAGGAUCCGCUGCCAUUCAAGAAUAUUCAGUUCAGAGCAACGACUUCUCACCAUACAGAGAGGACCUUUAUCCGGAGUGUAAGAAGCUACUCGGCCACUCAAUGUAUAAUAUGUUCCUAAAUGUUGGGUCCUUAACAAGUAAUUGGUGGUUGAACAUCAAGGACCGAACAUUGCAAGCGAAGAUAGAGAAAUUUGUGACUACUUUCAUUUCACCUAUCCUUAUUACGAAAGAGUUGGACGAGGUGGCAGAGAAGACGAGUAAAUUAGAAUCAAAUGAUACCGCAUUAACAAUCAAGAUAAACAAAGUUACGAAUGAGAUCAAGGCGAGUUAUCUGAUUGAUGAGCAAAGGCUCGAGCUCUCCUUUAAAAUGCCUGCUAAUUAUCCACUAACCAACGUUGAGGCUAUUGGUCUGUCGCGAGUCGGUAUUAGCGAGCAAAAAUGGAAACAAUGGAUACUGUCCGCUCAGAGAGUGAUCACCGGGAUGAAUGGCUCGGUAGUGGACUCUUUGGACCUUUUCAGCAAAAAUGUCAAUCUACAGUUUUCCGGUUUCGAGGAGUGUGCUAUCUGUUAUUCCAUUUUACAUGUGGUGGAUAGGAAGCUUCCAACGAAAACAUGUCCUACAUGUAAUAAUAAGUUCCAUGGGGCGUGUCUUUACAAGUGGUUCAGAUCGUCUGGUAACAACACAUGCCCACUUUGUCGGAGCGAAAUUCCAUUCAGAAGAUGA